AUGCGAAGCCAAAGCCGAUGGACUUCUGGACUUUUGCCGCUUCGUCUCCAAGCCGCCCAAGACGCCUGGCGGCGACUCACGCGACAGCAUACCAUGGCACUCUUAGGUCGCAAUUUGCCGGAUCUUGAUUUCAGCUGGGAGGGUGCUGGGGAGAAGCAGUUCUGCACUCCGUUCUUCGCGCGCCCUGGGGGUUCCCUGCACUUGGGUGCCUGUUACUCAGUCAUACCCGAAAAUCCUGGCUUUAAGGACAGCAAACUACUGGACUUCUGUGAGAUUCUGGAGAAGUCGGGAAUGGGCUCCUGGUUGGAUGACCUUCAAGGUGGCGAAAAGAAAAUCGGAACUGACAGGGCCAGAGGCGUGAAGAGACGCUUCAAGGAGGAAAUCCAAAAGGAUAUCAUCAAGACACUCUACUCCAACAAGGAAGCCAUGGAUUAUUUGCAGAAACCUGAGGAAGACGAGAAACAUGAGAUUUCGAUCCUUCGGACAGCUUGGUGGGAAUUUCAAAUCUUCCGGCUCCAGCAGCCUCCCAAGCAACCUGAGAUCGUGGAAUUUUUGGAAGUUCGUGGCUCAAAAUCUUCGGGCGACCUUCGGGAAGAGCUGAGCAGUUUGAAUCAGAUUGUCACCGUGCAAGCCCAACGUCGUGAGUCCUUUGUGCGGCAGAUGGUGAUGGUGACAACGGAGUUGGAAGGGUCACAAUGGCAUCAGCUCUUGGCCAGGUUGAUGUUGUCACUCCAUUCCGACCUGGAGCUUUUCAUCCAAGUUCAGUUGCCCUUCCUGGCCUCGGUUGCGGCUGACCCGGACACGCAACAUCGAAAGACUGCAGCGACAGCCUACCAAAUUCCUCACGAACACCGUGACCAUAGCCUACCUUUCGACCUGUGGGACGCUACAAGGAGUUUUCUGACGGUGGUCCACAGCAUGAAGGGGGAAGAGAUUGCCGCCUGUUGA